GCGUGUUCAUUUUACACAAGAAGGCAGUCUAUGUAAAGAUAAAGUUUCGUGGUGCACGGAACAAUAGCGUACAAAUCGCCGUUGAAAGAGAGAGAGAGAGAGAGAGAGAGAGAGAGAGAGAGAGAGAGAGAGAGUACAUCCAGUGCGUGCUUAGUGGACACGUUCAAAUUCCAAUACAUCUUGUCGAGAAAGGGAAAGAGCAACAAAGAGAAAAAAAGAGGAAAAGAGAAAGAAAAACGAGAGAGAAAUAGAGAGAGAGAAACUCUCUGAUCCUCGAUUCCGAUCCAAAUAUCAGAAUUUAAAUCGUUGUUUUCAAAAGUGUUUUCCGUCGCGGCCUUACGCGGAUAAGCCUCAUUAUUUCUCACGUCGAUGCUUUUGGACAAAGCGCUUCGUUUCGUCCGCAUUACUUCCAGUGUUUGUAACGUGCGUAUGCACGUGCGCGUUUUGCGCGCGCUUCGCGUUCACUAAAGUGUAAAGCGCGAGAGAGAAAGAGAGAAAGAGAGAGAGAGAGAGAGAGAGAGAGAAAGAGAGAGAGAGAGAUCUCGAGUGAGGAUCAAGGACUCGACAUUUGCGAAAAAUCGUGAAAAAGACAAGCGUGCAGAAAUUAGGAGAACAACAGAAGGAAGAAAAAUACCUGUGAGAAUGUCGAGAAUGAAUUGCCACGUCGUCGAUACGAGACUGGUGCUUGUCACGAUUUUGCUUACCUUGUGUUGUUUUACUCUGAUUGAUACCGCUGCGGUGGUGAGGACAGAGCUACUUGGCGAGCAUCUGCAAAAUGUAAUUUUGCACGGACCUAGCAACACGAGGGUUUUACGGACUACGGAGGGCAGCGACAAGAACAGCCAGGGGCGGAAUUGUUACAAUUUGCCCUGCGGAUGGGAGGUCUAUAAUCCACGUACGCGCAUUUCCGAAUACGUCAUGAAAAACGAAUGCGAGUGCCCGGACAGCACCUACAAGUGUGUGCGCUAUCACGACGUUCUGCAAUCGGGCGCGUAUCAGUACCGCUGCCGUCAGAAUACGACAGCGGAUGACAUUGAAUAUCCCAAGGACUCUAAUUGGGGAUAGACUGGAAUCAUCGGGUUGAAAGUAACGCGUCACUUCGCAACCCCAAUCAUUUCUGUUGAAAAAAAGGUGUGAUAUCCAUCUUUCUUGCAGACUUCAAUUUUAUCUCUUCGCAGUCAAUGCUCGUUCAGCAAAUGCUCAGCGGUCAACCGCACGCGGCCGAAAUAGUCGAUCGUGUUAUUAAUUGGCAAUUAACUCUUCACUUGUCACUCACAACAUUGUUAACAUUAAUGUUUGAAAGAGUCGCUGAAGAAGAUCGCUUGCGCUUUUGUUAAUUUUCUCGGUCGCGCGCGGUUCCAGCCGUCGUGAUGUUCCAUUCCUGUCCCAUUUCGUACAAUUCUAUUAUUCGUGUGCGGGUGUUCACACCGGGUGAGCUUGGCGUGUGUCUUUAUCUUUUUUAAAUAAAUAUUAAAUUUCGUAUGGAUAUCACAAUCUUUUUUUUAAUAAUAUGCGCUAUACGAAGAACAGCAAUUUCUUCACCUUCGUUACCUCUUGUACUUAACAGAAUCGGUCUUUUAUUCAUCUUAUGAAAUAUAAGAUCCGGAAAUCCUUCGCUUCUUUGCCCUCCCUUUGUGUGAGCGCGCAUAUAUCAUUAUCAAAUAACGUAUUAUUUAUUAAUAAAAUACACACGGACAUGCGGCGAGGUAUUCAGUUAUAAAAUUAUUGGCACGUAACGUAAACGAUUUCUCGCAAUCUUUCAAAUUUGGCUGGUUCAGAUGCAAAUGGUGAGCCAAAUGCGUCGAAAUGCAUCGUGAAAACGUAUAUGCACAAUCUCGUGAAAGAUGCGAUAGGUUUUCAAGAAAUUAUAUAUUUGAAAGAAUUUAUUCCUUUAAAAUUAAGUUGUCGUACUGCAUGUGACGCACGGAUAGCAUUGGUUUCAAAUGUCCCACUUUUCCAAACAUGAUGCAAAAUUAGAUCUGCGCGAAGGAAUAAGGCCUCUUCAUAUUUUUUUUCUCUCACCGAUUCGAUCGACCGACAGUCAUAGGUUUGUAAAAAUGCCAUAUUUUUAAUUUGACCGGAGUACCAAUGCGUAUCGCAAAUAUCAGCAUCUCAAGAAGAUGCAGACUUAGAGAGAUAAGACAAUAAUAGUAUAAAUAUCUCAGUUUGUUAUAUUCGUGCGCAGUAUUUCACUUGACUUAUUGUAUAAUUAAUGCACACACACACACACACACA